GCUGAAUAACAUAUAUAGUUUUAUCUCGAAGAAAAUCGACCACAAGAAAAAGAACACAAUAUAUUCGCUUCAAAAUAUUUGAAAGAAAUUUUAACAACACAAAAGUUGCAUUAUAUUUAUGGAAAAACGCCUGAUAAAGACGUUCUUAUUAAAUUUGUUGGCGAUCGGCUCGGACUCCAAAUUCCAUCGGAAGCGAUCGAUGGUGUGUGGCGAUUUCGAACGUCAUCCGCAUUAAGUAGUAAUCGUUCGCCGAUCAUUGGUGUAUCAUUUAACGAUCUGUGCGUUCGUUCAUCUAUUCUAUCCAAAGCCUCUGUUCUCAAAAAGUCGUCGGAUGCUUCGGUCAGGAGUGUUUUUAUUGGUAAACACUUGACCAAACUUCAAUCGCAAUCGACUUAUGAAAAAUAUCAACAACGAAAAACUCAACAAAAUAAUCAUCAACAAUAG